UCAUUGUGAUUCAUUCUGAUCUACAACAACUACACGUGUCCAGCUGAAAGUGACCAGUCCAACACAAUGUCUGCGGUAAUCAGACGAAUUAUCAACACCGCUGCGGCUCCGGCUGCCAUUGGACCUUACAGUCAGGCGGUGGUGGUUGAUCGCACCAUGUACAUCUCUGGGCAGUUGGGGAUGGACACAGCAUCAGGCCAGUUAGUUGCAGGAGACGUUCAGGCCCAGGCAAAACAGGCUCUUAUCAACAUGGGGGAGAUUUUAAAAGCGGCUGGUUGUGGAUAUGAAAAUGUUGUCAAGGCUACUGUGCUUUUGGCAGACAUGAAUGACUUCAACAGCGUCAACGAUGUUUAUAAACAAUUCUUUACCAAAAACUUUCCAGCGAGAGCUGCUUACCAAGUUGCUGCAUUGCCACGAGGUGGCCUUGUCGAGAUUGAAGCGAUUGCAGUUUUGGGACCCAUUACUGAUGCAUCCUGACUGACCAACACAAACAUGCACAAGCUGUAAAUUUGUAAUAACAGUAAUCUACAAUUAAAUCACUACUAGCUUUCGUUCAUCACAGACUUUAUGAUCUGUACACCUGAAUAGACAGGAUAAUAAUCUACAUUAAAAAAUCAGUUAAAA